CAAACAAAGCCGCCCGGUCCGGUCAGGUCCCAAAGGUGCGUCUAAUUUCAACUUAACUCCCAUUUUCUUCUGUUUAUCCAACUGUUGUAAUCCCUGAUUUUUCGUUCUAUAACUCUCUCAUCUUCCUCAUGAAGCUGCCAUUAUUUUGAUGUGUUAUUAUUAGUAGUAUAAUAUAGUAAUAUACUGCACACAUCCCCAAAGCUAAAUACUCAAGAAAAUUCAGUAAACUCAAUACCAAUACCCUGCAAUUUCCCCAUUACUAUGCACGUCUAGUUGUCUUCACACUCCCCCAUAGCACCCCUUCUCUUACUAUUCUCCAUUUUUUUUUUCUUCUCUUGAUCUAAAAUUAGAUCCUUUCACUUGCUUUUUCCAAUAUAAAUAUAUUGGGUUCCGUACAGUGGUGAACUCCCCUGUUUCACUUUCAAGAUUUGUUUCAUGUCUUGUCCUUUUCUUUUCUGUUAAGCAUUUGCCAUUUCUUCCAUUGAACUCUUCCAUUUGUUCCUAACCAAGAAUUUUAAAUUUGGUUAAUUCCAAAAACCCAGAAAAAACCCAUAUAAUAAUUUUUUGAUAAAUAAUUGCAUUUCUUCCGUUGAACUCUUCCGCAAGUGCUCUGAGAGAAUAUUUUGUAGCUUCAUUGGUCAUGUCCUAGAAAAUAAUAUACUCGUUUGAUUAUUUUCCGAAACCCAGAAAUUAUUUUCAUCAAGAUAGUCGUAUUUCGUUUUUAUUACGAUUUGGGUAUUAAUGGGGAAUUGUUUCGGGAUAUCAAGAAAGUUGACGUCGGAGAUAGCGCCGGCCGACGUAAUAAAGAAACAUCCGGCUGUCAAAUUGUACGGACCGCCGAAUAGUAUUUCAACCUAUUACAUUCGAUGUGCUCUGCUCUACAAGCCGGUGACUGUCCAUUUUAUUCCCUCAGAGACCCACCGUUCGCCGGUACUGGAGUACAAAUCCGACUCCGUUACAGGGUCCGUUAACGACGUUUUACGUUACUUGGACGUGAAGUUUCCGGAGCCGAAGUUGUUGAUGGGGUGGGGAAUUGGUAGGGGUGGGUGGUGUGAUGAAACGACGCCGUUUGUGGUUUGGUUGGUGAUACUGCAGCAUAGGAGUAUGACGUGGCACUUGGAGAGAAUGGGGAGAUGGAGUGAGGACUUGGCGGGUCGGGGCGGGAGGGCACGGGGUGAUCCGGCUAUGGGGACUCCGAAAAUGGAGGUGAGAAAGUUUGCGAGGAGUUAUUCACAGUUGUUGGAGCUAAUGCUGGAGCAUGCUCAAAUGGAGGAGAGAGUUGUUUUUCAAAUCUUGGAAAAAGCUGAUAGAGGAUUGUCUAAAGCUGCAAACGAGGAGCACGCAAGGGACCUUCCGAUGAUGAAUGGUAUUAAAGAAGAUAUCAAAUCUAUCGGAGUUCUUGAUUCAGGGCAUCCUUCCUACCAAGAGGCCCUCUGCAACCUCUCUACUCGACUCAAAACCUUACAGGAGCAUAGCAAGAAGCACUUUGAAGAGGAGGAGAAGAAUCUACUGCCGCUGAUGGAGGCAGCUGAAUUAAGUAAAGCGCAACAGGAUAAAGUCCUAGACCAGUGCUUGGAUGUCAUGCACGGCACACACUCCCAUCUCUUUCGUUUCUUUAUGGAAGGCCUCCUCCCUCAGGAUGCAAUGCAUUACUUGGACAUGCUUUCAAGGUGCAGUGACCAAAACAGAGUAUCUUCAAUGCUACGAUUAAUUGUGGAUAAGAUUGUAUGAUUCGAUUUUGACAAUCAAUCAUCGUCGCUUUGAAAUAUAAAUAGUUAUCAUCAUCAAUUGAUGUUCUAGCUUUGCUUUUAAAGUGGAGCACUUGAUGUUAAGCUCACUAUAAUUGCUUUGCCUUUGCACUUCUUUAAUGUCCUGUGGGGUUCUUAAGUUGAGUCCUUAAGCACCAAUUAUACCUUUUGUUGUUUCUUUCACAUGGCAGAUGCUCAAAGCAAAAGGGAGGAGAGGUUGCCUUUUGUUCUUUCUAGUUUUCAUUUUUUUUCUUUCUUUUUUCUUUUACUCUAGCAGUUUAGCUGGUUAUAGUUAGUCUGUACAUAGUAGGGGACAGAUAUGCUUUGUUGGAUGUUGCUUUGAAUCUACUUCUCUGCUAAUGUAAAUAAUUUGAAGGUGGUCCAUGUGGAUGUUGUUACUUUUCUGUAAAUAAAGAAGAUUUUAUGUCACUUA